UUGAUCAGAUCAAACAACCUCCUUUCUUGUUUUAACUAUGUAUAAACGAGAUUUAAUGAAAUAUUUGUCAAAACAGCCUAUUUUAUUUGUAGAAAUUCGAAUCAUAAUUAAGAGCGACCCUACCCGCCCCCCGUGAUAGUCAAAGCUCCGUGAAACGACGAAACCAGGGAAACGAACCUGACGAACCUCACGCACAAAGUUCCCAUAAUGCAUUUUUGUGUCGCGCGGGAUUGCGCAUGCGCCUGCUGCGCAACAACAAAAUAAAAUGGCUACACGGUGAAAUAAAUACAGAGUACCAAGAGUAAAUAAAUAUUCGUGUGACCGCGUAAAAACGAGGUCGUAUCGAAUAGUUUGGUAAAAAAAAACUAUUUGGCGCUCUUUAGUACAAUUGUUAACUCGUACCGCUUACAGUUGUUACGGGGUGAUUAAACUUGUGCGAUCGUGCAUGCGGUUAAUUUCUACACACAACACGAUGCUCCGUUCACGAAGCGAUAUGAAAAGGCGAGUUCGGCUGGUGUAGCUCACGAGAACUGUACCGCAGCAUGAAGGAGAUGCUUGGAGGCUGCUGCGUAUGUUCGGACGAGAGGGGUUGGACGGAGAAUCCGUUAGUUUAUUGCGAUGGCCAGGGGUGCACGGUCGCCGUACACCAAGCAUGUUAUGGGAUUGUUACGGUACCAACUGGUCCAUGGUACUGUAGAAAAUGCGAAUCGCAGGAACGCAGCGCUCGCGUGGAGCAGCGCUGCGAGCUGUGCCCAAGCAGGGAUGGAGCACUCAAGAGAACGGAUCAGGCAGGGUGGGCACAUGUUGUCUGCGCUCUUUAUAUUCCAGAAGUCAGAUUUGGCAAUGUCACUACCAUGGAGCCGAUCAUCUUGCAACUGAUACCAUCCGAACGAUUCAACAAGACGUGUUACAUCUGUGAGGAACAAGGUAGAGGUAGCCGUGCAAACGUAGGUGCUUGCAUGCAGUGUAAUAAAGCAGGUUGCAGACAACAAUUUCACGUUACUUGUGCACAAGCUCUAGGUCUACUUUGCGAAGAAGCUGGUAAUUAUUUAGACAACGUAAAGUACUGUGGUUACUGUCAACAUCAUUACUCUAAACUGAAAAAAGGUGGUAAUGUCAAAACAAUUCCUCCGUACAAACCAAUUCCAGCGGACAAUGGUUCGUCAGACUCGUCGCCCGAAAAAGAGGCUGAAACACCUAUCAAAACGUCUAGUAGCGGUAAGCGCAAGAGUUCAAACUCAAAGGCGAACACAUCGUCUAGUUCAAAGAGUAAAUCGAGCGCUAGUCCUAGCUUAGAAAUAAAUGGAAAUGUCGACGACAAGAGCGGAAGUGGUCGUAAUACGCCUAAAGAAAAUUCCUCCAACCCAAGUAAAUUCACCACCUCAAAUUUCGUAGAGACCGUUGUCACUCAGUCGGAGAGUGUUUUUGGGCACGAGAACGCUACUACAAAGUCUGGAUCUAAUUCAAAUGUGAUUCACAAAAGCAGCAGCCAAUCCAAAUCCAGUUCAUCUUCGUUCAGUAAGGGCUCAAGUCAUGUGAGCAAAAAGAGAAAAACUGGCGCCCGAACACCUACUGUAAUUGGAAAUGAAAAUUCAAAUCAUUCCAUUAGUUCCGAAGCAAGUGGAUCAGUUGUUGUGGCCGUUACUUCGGUCGUUCAACAGACUAUUAACACUAACAUUAUUGUACCUACUGUAACCGAAGCUACCAGCCUAAGCACAACUACCGAACCUGAAAAAAUAAAGAAGCCAAAAGUUGAGAGUCUCGCUGUGCAAUCGUCAUCCCAUCUUCCAGUUACAACGGAGGCCACGACUACUCCGGUUAUAACAUUGGUCACUCAAGCUCAACCCUCAGUUCCUACCCAAUCACCAACAACGACUUCCAAUAGCAUAGUUGUCUCUGUUCCCUUGACUGCCACUUCUCUUCCCUGCUCUGUACAAAGUGUUGUAACCAGUGCUCCAACCCUGUAUCAACAACUGCAGCAAAGCGUCGUAACCACAGCAGCUACUAAUGAUUCUAAACAAAGUCCAGUUCCUGCUGAGAGCAUGCCUGCCAAGAGAUCACGGUCACAAUCAUCUGACAAACCUGACAAAUCUCGUAAGCCGAAACGAGGAGCUUCGUCAAACAGUCAGCCAAUCCCACCUCCACCACUGCCAACCACGACAACAUCGACAGCGUUACCCAACAGUAUUGUUAGCACAACUAAACGUGGAAGUAGAAGUAGCCAUCAGACUCCACCACCGGCUGUAACUGUGGCUCCAGUCACUUCCAUCAUUCAAGGACCGAAUCAAGGAGUCGGUCAUUUCAGUAGCAUUGCAUCUGGCACAACUAUGGGACCUACGGUCAAAGACUCCCCACCAAGCAGUCCCGGCUCAGAAAGUAUGAGUAGUUCAGGACCGGUUCGACGGAAGCGAAAAAGUGCUGGAACUCCUUGUACAACAAUAGCACCAUCCACAUCCAAUAAUACGCCAAUGGCAUUAGCGAACAGCACUAAGGAAGAAAAAGACAUUAAACUGUUUCAAAAUGGUGUCAGCGCACCUCACAUGCUUGGAAAUCAAUUAAACCCUAGCUCAACAAUGGCACAGAAAAUGUCAGAUACACUUACCCAGGAAUUAGAAGCCCACUCGAUAUUCACUGAAGCUAAUAAUCCCACCAGCAGUCUGGUCGGGCCACAGCUACAUAGCCGUGUUAUUGCUUCUAUAAGAUCCAGUCAGUCUGCACCAGCAACAACAUCUUUGUCAUCUGUAUUUGCAACAAACAGUGGUCCAAAUGCGGCCGCUUCUAGUAGUGGAGCGUUAGGUGGAGGCGCGAUCCCUCAAACUUUGGAUCAACUUCUUGAAAGGCAAUGGGAACAGGGCAGCCAGUUUCUUAUGGAACAGGCUCAACAUUUUGACAUUGCAUCCCUCUUAUCAUGCUUGCAUCAAUUGAGAGCUGAAAAUCUGAGGCUCGAAGAGCACGUCAACAGCCUUUUGCAGAGGAGAGAUCACUUGCUUGCAGUAAAUGCUAGAUUAGCUAUUCCACUGACAACACAGCCAAGCACGCAUACAGUGAACAAUAUACAUCCUUCGGUAAACCCUACCCAUGCAAAUAUUCCUCACCCGGACGUCCAACCAGGAGGACCAGCUCCAAUUUCUAGGGUCAGUCGUGAAGCCCGAGUAAACAACAGUUACUUACCGCAUUCAAGUUCAAGCACGCAUUCCACCCCACUAGAAAACGGUUUACCACCCGAUCCCUCGCCACCUGCAGCUGCCUCUCUUACGCAAUAUCAACACAGGGGUUCUCUAGUUCCCCCACAACCAAGCCCGACAAUUAGGCAUAGUCCAGCUGGCAGUGGUUACCAUCAAGGACAACCUAGUAAUAUCGUGUCACCGGGAAGUGCAAACAGCUCUGGAAUUGUACGAAAUUCUUCUGUCACACCCGACCCACUGCGAGGUGUCCCUAGAUCCGGAGCACCCUCUUCGAGCAAUUACAUGCCUUCUAUGUAUCAGCAGACUAUGUCGAACCUAGCGAGUAGUCAAGUGGGAGGCAUGCACAAUAUACAUUCGCAUGGACCCACGCCUACCAGUCAUGGACCUCCAGGUAAACCCAGCUGAAGGUAGGUUUGGGCCCAGAAUGGGCAGAACGAUGCAUCUCCCGCAAGAUCCCAAGCUAUGCCUUACGGUAGUCGGUCACAUUGUCAUCGUAAGCGAUAGGCACUUUUGAGCGAUAUGAUUGUCAUUCAAAAUUGACAUUAUCACUAGGAAAAUAAUCAAGUCGCGAGAUUGUCGCAGGGCAAAACUUAUCGCUUGAGAAAUAUUAGUUCUUGUUCAACCACUAACAUUUACUAUGAUCUGUCCUAGGUCUGUGUCUAUUAUCAUUUUACUCACAAUCAGUAACAUUUUACCCCAGUACCGAAAUGGAAUCAAUAAACUUUGGUUAUCCUUUCAAAUGUAAUUAAUUAUAAUUUCGAAUUAUAUUCGACGAUUUCGCUUGCCAUUCAUUUGAAAAACUUCAAAAUGUAAAGAUUUUUGCUUGGAAUUCGAAAAAAAUGUCGUAAAACCAAAUUUUCCUGAGCAUGCUUUGAAUUAAUGCGACUGAGAACGAAAUAGUUCGAAAUGGAAUCAAAAAAAAAUCCAACUUCCGUGACAAAUUUCAAUUGUAUUUUACCAAAAGCGCACGAGCGAAAUUAUGCAUUCUUUCACCUAAUGGUAUGGAGUGCAUGGCCAGUCUAGUUGAGAAUCAGGAUAGUUAAGAAUUAUUCUUCAUUUUUCAGUCAAGAGCGUCUUGAACAUUGCUCAGUGAUCGGUAAUUCCAAAAUGUUUUCUCGUAAUGUAAUUAUUUUGAUUAUGAUUUUCGAAUCAUGUUUAAUCGAAAGCAACUCUCAUAAACUGUUGUGAUCAAAUCAAUUAUAUACUUAUACAACAUAUAUCUAAUAUUGUAUUUAUAUCAUGAGCAAGAGAUUAUUCCUAUCACUUUUAUAUAUGAAUUUUAUAUAAAACAAUAAAUUAUCGCGACAAAUCCAAAACUACAUACUCAAACGUGUACGUUUAUCCAUCUAUUCAGGCAUUUUUGCUUUUUACGUAACCUAAGACUCAACAAACAUAAAUAAUUAGAAGCAAACUUAGAUGUUUACAAUUUUAGCCAAUUUAAUUAACAUGGACGACGAUACGCCGAUAAACGUCAGUUGAUUUCUGAUUCUAUAAAAUAGUAGGAAAAAUUAUUGAAGUCAUUAGAUUCCUAAUGUUGGAAUUGUAAUUUGACAGUAGACAGUGAUAAUGAUACAGAUCAUAAUAAAUUAGAUUCUGAACAAUGAUUAAGUAUACCAAAGUCAACUGGUAUUUACAAUAACGAUUCUAUUAUUAUCAUCAUUAUUAUCAUCAUUAUUUUUUCUUUUAACAAAGUCUCAAGGGCAUUGACUUUAGCUAACGAAGACGAAAGCCCACAGAUGUACAAACAUUAGAUAAGUAAGUUAACCUAUCGUGGAAAAAGAUAGCAAUAACAAUAACAGUUGUAUGUGUAAUAAAUCAAUUUAAAUUAUGAUUGGAGAAUAAAUGCCUGUAAAUGAGCAGUUGUAUGUGAUUUCAAAUGAAUAAUCAAUUUACAUCAUAAGUGGAUAUUUCUCAAUUUUCUUUGGCUUCACAUGCAAUUGGUUUGGUAUUAUAAUUUUAUUUUCUUUGUGUAGUUUAUACACGACAAAUUUAACAAAUUUUCAACUAGAACGCCUACAAUGUACAGUUAAGAUGAAUAUUCGUCCUAUUUCAAAACUGGUAUCGAACCAUAUUGUAAAUUUUAAUUAUAACCGAUAAACACUGCCUUCCACGAAUAAGGGUUUUGAAAUAGGCUGACACUCUUAGUAACCCAUAACAAGCGUGGGUUAGUUAUAAUUUUUAUUAUUUAGCUAAUUGAUCAUAUUACUUAAUUUUUUACAUAGACUGCCCGAAAGACCAGUCAAGGAUAUCCUUACGGAAUCCACCUUACAGUGUCAAAUACAUGAUCACAGAUGCAUUUUAAUAUUUUCGGAUGAUAAAAAAAUGAAAUAUAAAAAUUGAUGAUGCUCAUUAAGGUGGAUUACCAUCCGGAUACCCUUCAUCUUUUAUCUUUGCAAAGGUAUGGUCCUUCAUAUUUUGUAUAUCGACAAAUCCAAAUCGAAAUUUAAUUUCAUUACCAUCUAACCGACGUUAUCACAUGUACAUACGAGAAAUGGUACACUCAAUUCUUUUACAGCUAAUUAUUUUUAUUGUAAAUAAGGAAUAAUUUUUUUUCCUGGUAGGACUAUCGUAGUCAUUUUAUGCUUAUUGAUUAUUUUCAGUACUCUAAGCACGCUACAAAUAUUUAUAUAAUCUGGAAGAUUUACUUCAAAUUUCUACAUGGAAAAUAUUUAAUGAUUUAAUCAGAAUAACAUAAUUCGACUUCGAUUUCAAAUUUGACUGAAAAAUACAUACAAGGGGAACCAAGUGCAGUAAUCAUGAACUGAAGCUCUAUCUAUUACGCGUGCGUCUAUUUUACCGCCAAAUUAUUGACAGAUCGAUAGAAUUUUUAGGAGCAUAAAAUUCAUGUUUAUCGACCAAUCAGAACUCUGGCAUUCAUUUAGAAAAUUGUCAUUUCUGCUACUGGCAUGAAAAAGUAUGUAAUUCAAGUUUGUCGGCUCCACGUGCAAGUUUUGACUCUGUUCAUCGUUAUUUUCAAUCAUUCAAUACAUACAUUAUACUAUGAAGAAAUGUAGUUCGAUACAAAAAAAGUUCAACUUUCAGGAAAGGUAAUAAUAAAUGUAAAAAUAUCGGUGGAAAGUUUUUUUCCCGCCAAUCUCAGGAGUCAAAACACGGGCAUUUGGAACUUGAAGUUACGUGUGAAUGUAUAUAAAUAUAUAUUUAUAUAUACAUUUAAAUAUAUAUAUAUAUCUGCUGCACAAGAUCUGCAAAGAUAUCGGCAAACAAAACAAUUCAACCGGCAAAUAAGUUUAAAUGUUACUCAGGGAAUUAGUUGAUACUAUUUCCUUCAUUUGUAUAUUGAUAUAAUUAUUAAUUAUAACCAUACUGCGGUCUUGAAGACAAAAUUUAAUAUAGAAUAAGAUUUGUACAACAUGAUAUUUUCUGAUCAUAAACUUUUCAUUGUGGCAGUUUUGACGAGAAGCAAGAAAAAUCGAUCUCGCCAUAUUUUUAGAUAGGCAUAAAGAAAAGCUACGAAACUAAAUAAUUAAAAUAAAUAAAUUAAAAAAAAAUAAAAAUAAAUGGUGUCUCAAAUAUCCUAAAAACCAAAUGUAUGAUAUUUUUUCACAGUAAUCGUGCCAAAUUUUUGUACUACUGUUAAUCAUUGAAUCAAUUGUUUGUCGAAACGAUUAAUCAAUUAGUAGACUUGUAUAAGAUACCAAGAAUAGAGUUGAUGUACGAUUAAAAAGGAAAUUAAAAAAAAUCAGAGUUGCGAAUAAUUCACCAUAGUCAUCAUCGUUUUCGUCAUCCCGUUAUUAACUACGGAACACAACGGCUACCCGGAAAGAGCAAGUUCCAAAAUGAUAUCUUAUUCGUCAAUAAUUCAUUGCCGCUUUCAUUCUAUCGCAAUCCUUCGAAGAUUUAUUUCAUUAGAUAAAAAAAAACAAGGUUGUUGACAAUGUUCUUUUUAUUUCGAUAAAACUAUUACGAAGAACUAUGUUGGGAGUUUUUGUUGUUUUUGAUCAAGUAUCGAUGUAAACACGUAUGACUGUAUAGAAGCCGACGCCACAUACGCUUAUACCCAUCGUGUAUUUCAAUUAAUACUCCUAUCAUUGUAUUGUACCAUAUUCAGUAGCAGAAAUAUACCAAUACUAUCAUACCCUCUUCUAACAUAUACGUAUUAGACGAAGUAAAUCGCUAGUUUCAUUUUAUGUAUAAAGUAUCAUAUAGCGUAUUAUAGAUUGGGCCAAAGUGAUAUGCUUGGGAAAAUAAGAGAAUUACGAAGAAAAAGAAACUCGACCACCAAUUUUGGCCUAUUCUCAUACAUGAUUAUUAUUCACUAUAAGAAUAUACAAUAAUAUGAAAUGCCAUAAGUGUUUCCAAUGGAAAAAAUUUCAAUAAAGUCUGAUUGUUUUUUAAAUUUUAA